UCACUCUAUGAUGGAUUCUUCCAAACAUGACUACUUUGAAUACUUUGGCAGAGUCCAUGGAAUUCUAAUGUAUAAAGAUUUUGUCAAAUAUUGGGAUGAUGUGGAGGCAUUUGAGGCAAGACCAGAUGAUCUUGUCAUUGUCACCUAUCCUAAAUCUGGUACAACCUGGGUUAGUGAAAUUGUAGACCUGAUCUAUAAAGAGGGUGAUGUGGAAAAGUGCAAAAGAGAUGUCAUUUUUAAUCGAAUACCUUUCCUGGAAUGCAGAAAAGAAGAGGUGAUGAAUGGAAUAGAACAAUUAAAACACAUGGCAUCUCCUAGAAUAGUGAAGACUCAUCUGUCAGUGAAGCUUCUUCCAACCUCAUUUUGGGAAAAGAACUGUAAGAUGAUUUACCUUUGCCGGAAUGCCAAAGAUGUAGCUGUUUCUUAUUACUACUUCUUUCUAAUGGUAACUGAUCAUCCAAAUCCUGGAUCUUUUCCAGAGUUUGUGGAGAAAUUCAUGGAUGGACAAGUUCCUUAUGGGUCCUGGUAUGAACAUGCAAAAUCUUGGUGGGAAUUGAGAAAGAAUCCACAUGUGCUAUUUCUUUUCUAUGAAAACAUGAAAGAGGAUAUCAGAAGAGAGGUGAUAAAAUUGAUACAAUUCCUUGGAAAGGAAGCAUCAGAGGAGCUUGUGGACAAAAUUGUACAACAUACUUCAUUCCAAGAGAUGAAAAACAAUCCAUUUACCAAUUACACAACAUUACCGGAUGAAGUCAUGAACCAAAAAAUAUCGCCUUUCAUGAGAAAAGGGAUAACAGGGGACUGGAAGAAUCACUUUACAGUAGCCCUGAAUGAGAAAUUUGACAGGCACUAUGAGCAGCAAAUGAAGGGGUCUACACUGAAAUUAAGGACUGAGAUCUAAGGAG